CUGCUGCACUCAUUAGUAGACAAGCAUGGGUCGCCUGUGAACACCGGGCCACAGCUUCUCCUGCACACAGCACGAUGUGUCCCCUCUAGGACUUCUUUUUUCAUUCUCUUGUAAUACUUUUGUUCCCGGGGCGGUGGAUUUACCAUGGAGCUGGGGAAGGUGCAUCUGAAUCUAAAGACAGUACUGCUGACCAUGAUGAUGUUCAAAUGGGGAAUAUUCUGCACAGCCUCUUCAGAUAAAUGCUUGUCUGCACCCUGCCACAAUGGAGCUACCUGUGUGGACAACAUGGACGACUACGCCUGUCUCUGUGCCAAAGACGGCGUCCGAUUCAUGGGCAAAAACUGCGAUGAACUGUAUGACGCCUGCUCCUUCGCUCCGUGUGAAGACUGCAGCAGCACCCCCGGGGAGACGGAGUACCACUGCAUCUGCCCGGACGGACUCGCAGGGGAUAACUGCACGGAGGAGGUGGACGAGUGUGAGAGCAACCCCUGCUCCGAGCCCCGCUCCCUGUGCGUGGACCAGCUGAACGGGUACUUCUGCAGAUGUCCCGGGUUCGGAGGACAGGACUGCAGGACACACGUGACCGACUGCAUCGAUGAACCCUGCGGGAACAACGGGACGUGUUUGCUGCGACGAGAGGGCUUCGAGUGCCACUGUGCAGCGGGGUUCGAGGGGAAGACCUGCGAGGAGGACGUGAACGAGUGUUUGUCCGAGCCCUGUCAGAACGGAGCCAUCUGUCUGGACGGAGUGGCCGAGUUCCACUGCUUCUGUGUGCCCGGGUUCCAGGGGUACAACUGCGAGAUCGACAUUAACGAGUGUGCGUCGAGACCCUGCGAGAACAACGGCACCUGCAUCAACGAGAAGGACCACUACCAGUGUGAAUGCCUCAACGGCUUUGCAGGAGUGAACUGUGAGACCGAGAUAGAUGAGUGUGAGUCGGGCCCCUGCCACAACGGGGCCACCUGCCACGACCUGGUCUCCAUGUACUCCUGCCAGUGUCUGCCCGGCUUCGAUGGCCUCGACUGCGAGGUGGACGUGGACGAGUGCGCCAGCGAGCCGUGCCACAACGGAGCCGCCUGUCACGACCUGGUGAACAGCUACGAGUGUGACUGCAGUGAUACAGGAUUCCAGGGAGACUUCUGUGAGCUGGACAUCCCUGAGUGUGCCUCUGAUCCCUGUCAGCACGGAGCCACAUGCAUAGAGGGAGUCGGGGAGUACACCUGCCUCUGCUGGCCAGGUUAUGAGGGACCGAACUGUGAGGUGGAUGUAGACGAGUGUGCGGAGACGCCCUGUGAUAACGCCGGCGAGUGUUUCGAGCGCUCCGACCCGUCUCACUGGGAGCUGGACUGGGAGCUGAGCUUUGCAGAUGCAGCGGGAUACAUCUGCCAGUGUCAGCCGGGGUUCGCAGGAGAAAACUGCUCCGUCAACAUCGAUGAGUGUGAGUCCGAGCCCUGCCAGAACGGAGGCACCUGUGAGGAUCAGAUCAACGGAUACACCUGUACCUGCUCUCAGGGGUUUCUAGGUGAGCACUGUGAAGUGGAUGUCGAUGAGUGUGAGAGCCAGCCCUCUAACGGGGGCUGGUGCGAGGACGGCCGGGCCUCCUACACCUGCCACUGUCCUGAGGCCGAGCCGGGGGAACUUCCAUGGGGAGGAGGUCUCUGUGACGAGAAGCUGUACGGCUGCGUUGACCACGAGUGCCAGAACGGAGCCACCUGCCACCCCUGGCUGGAAGGGGGGCACCACGGUCACACCUGCCUUUGCCCCCACGGCUUCUACGAUGAGCAGUGCUCCACCAGAACCACCUUCUCCUUCUCCGCCCCUGGGUUCAUUCUCAUCGAGGUUGAUCUGGAGGAGAGGAGACGGAGGGAGGUGGAGCACCAAGUCCACCGGGGUCUGGGGGUCCAGCUGCGCUUCAGGACCACCAUUCCCAACAUGCUGCUGGUCUACAGAGGAGACCUGGACAACCACCUCGUCCUGGAGAUUGUGAAUGGCGGUCUUCACGCCAAAGCCUUUUCUGAGGAUUCCGAGCUGGACGUGAGGUUCCCCGGGCUGGUCAGUGACGGAGGCUGGCGGGACGCUCAUGUGUUUGUGGAUGACGGAGGGCUGGUUUUGAUCGUGAGGGGUCCCGGCUGUGACAGGGACGGGUGCAGAGUGACUGACGGUGGCGCGGAUGAACCGCCCUUCCAGCCCUCUGAGGCCUUCUCUCAGAUUUAUGUAGGUGGAGCCCCGGAGGAGCUGCUGGAGGUUUCUGCGAGCGGAGCAAGCUUUAUAGGAUGCAUGGAGGACCUGAUGAUCGACUCCAAGCCCAUCCUGCCGCAAACACUCCCUGAAGACCAGGGCCACGAGCUGGGCUGCAUUAAGACCGAGUGGUGUAAGCCGGACCCCUGCGGUGGACGUGGGCGCUGUGUGGACCUGUGGAUCAGCUUUCAGUGUGACUGCUACCGGCCCUACCACAGGGACAGCUGCUCUGAGGAAUUCCCUUCAUGGACGUACAGCCACGAGGACACGAAGAGCUUCAGUGCGUACGACGUGGGAAAGAGCCACGAGAGCAGCUUCAACGUGUCCUUCUUCCUGAGGUCCUUACAGCCGGAUGGACUGCUGUUCCAGCUGAGGAGACCGUCAGCGGAGGAGGGGGAGGUCUACUUCUCCGUCUACCUGGGCAUGGGGAGGCUGUUUGUCAGCUCUCUGCCUAACAGCGCCCCCCUGACAGCUCCCAUAUUUGUGACGACUGGCGAGAAGCAGCUGCUGCAGGUGGAGGUCCAGCACAGGCAGGUGAUCUUCGAGCAUGCAGGCCUGCGCUACGGGAUCGGAGAGAUCCCCGAGGUGACAGUAAACAGCGGGGAUCAGGCCUAUGUGGGGGGGCUUCCAGCAGAGUGGGACUCGGAUAGCUGGGGCGGGCAUUACAAAGGAUGCCUGCAGGACCUUCGGUUGGACUCGGUGCAUCUGGAUGUGGACGCCUGGAACAGCUCUGAGGACGAGGAGGUGUAUCUGCUGAGCGACGCGGAAAAUGUGAAGGAGGGCUGCGUCAGCGACGACACCUGCAGGACGAAGCCUUGUCAAAAUGGAGGGGAGUGCACGAUCACGUUCAACGACUUCACGUGUUCCUGUCCGGCGGAAUACACCGGCAAGACCUGUGAGACCCGGGUGUGGUGUGUGGGUGAUCCCUGUGUCAACGGCGGCCACUGUGUGGACCUCCCUGACGGAUAUGAAUGUGUGUUCAACGCCACGUUUGAGAACAACCCUGUGCAGUUCAGCUCUAGAGGCUCCCUGUCCGACUCCGUCUCUAACGUUUACCUGGAGCUGAGGACCCGCUCAGAGAACGCCGUGAUCCUGAGGGCCUCCUCUGGCUCCGACCUGCUGCUGGUGGGCCUGGUGGACUCUUCCGUCCGGGUGGAGAUCCACACGGGCAACAGUGUGGAGACGCUGGCCUUCACUGGAGUGCGUCGAGUGGCGGACGGGAGCUGGCAUCGCGUGAACAUCUCCAUGGCGGAGAGGCGGCGCAAAGCCUCUCCCUGGAUCAUCACGGUGGAUGGGAUCACAGACGCCAGCAGCCUGCCUCAGCGGACAGGAAGUAUCCACUUUCUCAACGAGAAGGCCACCACGUUGGCCAUCGCCGAGAGCUUCACCGGCUGCUUGGGAGCAGUGAGGGUCGGCGGGGUCUACCUCCCUUUCGUGGACGACUAUAAAGCCCCCCAGGCGUCUCAGUUCCACUCAGUGGGAAAGCCAAACAUCGGCCUGGGUUGCACCAGUGAACCGGUGUGUGACUCAGACCCGUGUGUGAACGGAGCCACCUGUGAAGACCUCUUCAAUAUGUUUGACUGUGUGUGUGACCCGGGCUGGGGGGGGGAUCUGUGUGAGAUAGACACCGAUGACUGUGCGUCUCAGCCCUGUGUUCACGGAAGCUGUCAGGACUACUUGGCUGGUUUUGAGUGCCGCUGCCAGCCUGGAUACGCCGGCACUCUGUGUGACGAGGAUCUCAACGAGUGUGAGCGUCACCCCUGUGAACACGGAGGCACGUGUCAGGACGGACCCAACAUGUUCACCUGUGUGUGUCCCAAGGGCUACAGCGGGCCCCUGUGCCAGUGGGACUAUCCCCCGAUCCAGUGUGGGGAAGACGUGCACUGUGAGAAUGAUGGCAUCUGCAGUGACGGGCUCUGGGGGGCUAACUGCACCUGCAUGCCCGGAUUCACAGGCAGCAGGUGUGAGUCAGAGAUUGAUGAGUGUGUGUCUAACCCGUGUCGAAAUGGAGGUUCCUGUUUGGAUCGAUUCAACAUGUUUGUGUGUGAAUGCCUGCCUGGCUACAGCGGUCCGAUCUGUGACACUAACAAACAAGCUCACAAACAAAUCAUCCCCUGGCUGAUGGUGGCCCUCCCGCUGCUGUGCUUCUGUGUUCUCAUCCUGGUCAUCGGCCUGACCUUCAUGGUGCUCACAGCGAGGAAGAAGCGUCAGUCUGAGGGCGCGUACAGCCCCAGCGCUCAGGAGGUUGCCGGAGCUCGGCUGGAGAUGGACAGCAUGCUCAAAGUGCCCCCGGAGGAAAGACUCAUCUGAGAACUGAAGGGUGUUCCAGCUGAUCUGAGCACUGCAGGCAGGUGCACAGGACACACACUCCCUGAACUCUGAACCGGACUGAGGAGGUGACCCAGGCUCAUCCGUCUGAUGAAAUGUGUUCAGCACAUAGCUCCUUUUUAUCGUAAGACUCUACACUGUAGUCGUUUGUCUAUGGCAGGGCCUUCACCUGUCCUAUAGAUCUAACUAGUGCAUAGAGGACAACUUCAAUCGUGGCACGGUGAAGCACUACAGGCACACGGACUGGGGGGAAUGUCUUCUGGUGUUUGAGCAGCAUCCAGCACAGUAAAGCUGCACUUCCUCUGAUGGCCAGUAGAUGCUGCCGGUAAGAAAGCCUUACCCUCUACACAUGUCACAUUCAGUAUAAAGUACAGGGACUCCUGGUUGAAGAAAGGUCCCUUUAUAAAUGUACACCAAGUAGCCUAUAUAGAGUAUGGAUGUGAUGCUUGACCUCACAAGUUGCACUAUGAUUCUUGGGUUCUGUUUAAACUCCAUACUGUACUUCUCACUCACUUUGGUGCUCUCUGGAAGGGACUUUGACAAUGAAAAUGUGUACGGGACACAACAAAUAUUGGAUAACUGUGAAGAUUCUUUGUGGCAGCAUUUGGUGAAUCCAUGUUCAGCAAACUGGGACCGUUUCAAACUGCGGAGAGAAAAAGGAAUCCAUACAAAAUAAUGUCUGUUUUUAUCUUCAUUUGAAAAGCUAUCCCCCUCGCUUUGUUGAAGAUCUCAGAGUUUAUUUUCCUUGUGAGCCUGGCAGGUUACUGCACGAGAGGACUUUUCUGUACACUUUCUAUAUUUAUGUUCAGAAUUGUUUGAACUUUUGUUGGAUUCAGAGAUUUUCUGUCAUGGCUCACAUGCAUAAAGGGUCCGCUCAUGUCUGUCUCUGCACAUUGAACCCAUGUUUGAUGAUGUGAACUUUGCAGUAUGUAACGUACGGUUUGUUUUUAGGAUGCAAGGUUGAAUUUUGCACCAAAAUAAGAAAUGAAAGCAUACUAAAGUGUGCAUUUGGGAGGAACAAACAUUACAUAUACUGCAACACACUAUGACAGGAUGUAAAGUGUUCAACAUGUCAUUAUUCAGUACAACUGCAGGUGUUGGCUGAACAUUGUGUCUUUGUUUUCUUACAUUUCUUUAUUUUGAUUUGCAAAAUCCAGAGUGUCCACAAUGUAUAAUAAACCUGCA